AAUGCAAGAAUUAAUCUGGAGUUGAUCCGGUCUCAGUUAGGCAAAUGAGCCGCUAGUGUGCGCGCUGAUUGGCUGAACGCAUCGAGGUGAGAUUCAGCGCAAAAACAUCGUCGGAUUGGAAAUCAGAGAAACGUAGACACACACACACUUACGCACACACACACCGCAGGGUUUAUGACUGGAGAACAGUGACAAAUUUGGUGAGGAAACCCAGUAGGAAAGACAGCAGCAAAGGAAAAGGGAGUCGCGAUGCCUCGAUCAUUUUUGGUCAAAAGUAAAAAGUGCGCCACUUAUAACGCGCACCGCUUCGUGGACGCGGAUCCAAAUGACAAAGAAGCCAACCCAGCUCCAGAGACUGCCCCAUCAGAACCAAAGGCGCCAGACUCUCCCAAAGGGAUGCCGCUGGUUUCUGAGGCAGGACCUGUUCACACAGACUCCUACUCUUAUGUGAAGCAUGAAAACAAACCCGAGUGUCCCAUCCCGUUGCGCCCUGAGCAGAAAGUCACAGCUGGCCAGCCUUAUUACAUUUCUGAGCCUCAGCUAGCAGAAUUCCCACCCUACUAUAAGGCACCCUAUCCCUGGGAGACCCUGCCUUCUCCAUAUGACUUCAGGCAUUUGGGAUUUCACUCAUCACUCCUACAGCAUGCAAGUAACCUCUAUGGGUCUGAAUUUAAACAAAGCCAAGAAGACCAGCAGCCAUUAGAUUGCAGCACACACUACUCACCUACCUCCGAUACAUACCACUGCAUCACUUGUGAAAAGGUAUUUUCAACUCCUCAUGGCUUGGAGGUCCACGUGAGACGUUCUCACAGUGGAACCCGACCCUUUGGUUGCAGCAUCUGCAGAAAAACCUUUGGACAUGCCGUCAGUUUAGAGCAACACAUGAACAUCCACUCUCAGGAAAGAAGCUUCGAGUGCAAAAUGUGCGGGAAGACGUUCAAGCGUUCCUCCACCCUGUCCACACACCUUCUGAUCCAUUCAGACACUCGGCCGUACCCGUGCCAGUACUGCGGCAAGAGGUUCCAUCAGAAAUCCGACAUGAAGAAACACACCUACAUCCACACGGGUGAGAAACCACACAAGUGCCAGGUGUGUGGAAAGGCGUUCAGCCAAAGCUCCAACCUCAUCACCCACAGCCGCAAACACACAGGGUUCAAGCCGUUCGGCUGCGAGAUCUGCUCCAAGGGCUUCCAAAGGAAAGUGGACCUCCGCAGACAUCACGAGAGCCAGCAUGGCCUAAAGUGACCCCCUGUCAGGAAAGUGGACAACUGCAUGCAUGAAGUCUGCGAGAAAUUCCAUAAGAAGAAGAUAUGAGUUAUUUGUUACAUCCUCAUAGACUGCUAAUGCAGAGCGUUAAUGAAUCACCUCUACAAUAUCAAUAUUAGCUGAAGUCUCUUUUUUUUUCCAUCUCGGUUUUUAACCCCUAAGUAGUGCCGUUUGGUUAAUUUUGCCCACUUACACGAAGCCAUCUUCACUUAUAUCCUCCACUGGGAUAGAUUUUGUUACAUAGGGUUCAACCUAGAGCCCUUAAAAACAUUUUACAUAUGGUUCAAAUAAUGUUUAUUAAUAUUCAUUGACAGUAGCACAACCUUUGAUAUAUGUUUUCUAUAUAUAGCUAUAUGAUAUUUAAGUCAUUUGUACAUUUAAUACGAACACUUAAUAUUUAUAAAAAUGUCCUGGUUAAAUCUGUAUACGAAAUGACCAUAAACAUGAUUAAAAUUUG